AUGUUCUUCACUCGCUCGCUCCAGGCUUCGGCCACCCUUCUGUCCUUGUCUGCCCUCUCCGAAGCUUGGGUUCUGCAUCGCAACCCAGACCAACACGCCGAGGUGAAGACGCCCCCUGCGCCCGACACCCAACCCGCCUGGUCAUGGAACAGCUUCUUUCCCAAGAGGCAGGGCGAUGUCACCUUGGACUGCCCGGACGACCAAUUCGCGACCUUGCUCAGCAACAACCCGGACAGCACCGUCGAAACCUUUUGCAACGACUGGCUCAACAUCCCCCCGACGACCGUCAUUUCCGAAGUCACGCCCACGGUCACCGUCACCACCAGCGCAUCCACAACCACCACACAGACAAACAUCGAAAGGAUCCUCACAACCACAACCCUGGUCGAGACAGCCACAAUCUCCGCAAUGCCCUCGGUCCGCCGUAGGAUGAUGGCCGCUGCAGCUGCCCAGGUCGAGUCGAUUGCCUCCUCCAUUGUUGAAUCCGUCAUCGCCAGCGGAACACCCACCUCGGAGCUACCAGCCUCUUCAAAGGCCGCCAACCGUCUUCUCGCUGAACAGGGUCUGGCCACCGCCUGCUCCUGCAAGAUGGUGCAGCCCACUUCUACGGUGACGCAACUCUACACAGUACCUGCUGUUACGUCGACGGUCGGUGUUAGGGUCAUUCGUGUCAUCCAGCAAACCGAGACCAAGACCUACACUUCGACCACCAGCGUCCGUGCGUCUACUGCUGACACAACUUCCACCAGUGCUUCCGCUGCGAGCUCUGCUGCGGAUGCCGCCAGCUCCAGCGCAGUUGCACAGGACAGCUCUAGCGCAAGCGUUGCCGCCGAGUCCAGCGCAGAUGUAGCAAGCAGCUCGUCCGCCGUCUCGAGCAAUGCCGCGGAGCCGUCCAGCUCUCCUGUGGUUACAGCCGCACCCAUAGUCUCGGCAGUUGUCUCUGAAAACUCUACUUCCACUGCCACCGAGGGUGUCCCAGUCGUCACUGCUAUCCCUUUCUCCUGCGACGAGGACGACAUCACCAAGGACGUGGACCAAGUCGUUGGUGGAAUCCGCUUGGGCUACUCCGUCUACUGUAACACCGAGCUUGUGUCUGCCGACCGUAUCGGCAGACCCAUCAACGUCGAGAGCCCUACUUCUUGCGCCGCUCAGUGUUCGCUUCUCAACGCAAAAAGUGGGCAAGACACGUGCCAGUCUGCUGUCUUCACAGCUUACACCGAUGGUCGCCGAGGCGGUACCUGCGACCUUCUUUCGGCGGCAGAGUCAAACAACGUCGAGACCGCGCCGGCGCCUGGAUCGGUUACCAUCAUCCACACCGGCACCUUUGCCAACGGUGACGAGUGCGCUGCUCUAAAUGCCAGCUCCGUCUCCAUCGACACAUCCGCCCUUAUUGCAUCCAUCACCUCUGCCGGCGUAGUCAUCUCCACCCCCGGCCUUGUUACCCAAAGCUCCGGAGGCGGCGUAUCGCGCACCUAUGUCUCAGCAAACUCCACAGACGCGUCCGGAUAUGUUCACUGGAGCUGGUUCGAACUGUACGCGUCCUCCGCGAGUUGGUAUGCUGUUUACGAGACAUCGUGGGCAUGCUCUGCUACCAUCACCCGUACUAUUGAGCAGCAGGCCACCACCGUAAUCGAGGGCACCACAAUCACCGCCGUUGCCGUUACCACCAUCAUCGGCAACGGCUACACAACAAUCAUCUCUGGAGACACCACCACCACCAUCAGGGGGGGUGGCGGCUCGGCCGGUCCUACAUUCGUACCUGCUUCUACCACGGACGGCGAGGCAGGCGUCACAACCUUCUUCUCCACCGCUACCCAAACAUCAACUGGUUCGGAUGGCCUUGUCACGCCCACACCGACUGUUGGAGGCGAAGGUAACGUGACGGUCAUCGAAGUGUUCUCAACCUUCUUCUCAACCGGAACCGCGGGAGUCAUCGCACCAAGCGUAUCCGUGUCUUUGGGGGGCAGCGUCAGUGGCUCGGAGGUUGUUGAGACAGUCGUCUCUUCUACCGCUACGACAUUGACCAUUUCUGGUUCAAACUCUACCAUGCUCUCCACAGGAGCCGACGGCGUCAUCACUCCUUCCGUGACACCGAUUUUGGAGACCAUUGUGUCUUCUGGCGCCGUCACACUCACUCUCAGCGGGUCCGAUGCGACUGCCACGUCGACUGCGGACGAGGGCGUCAUCCCCCCACCGCCGUCCGCAUCCGCAUCGGAGAGCUCGCCCGUGGUGAGUAGCUUGAGUUCCACUACGGACGAGGAAGAGUGGGAGACCCCGGGGUUCUAUGGGCCAAGAACCAGCACGUUGGUCGUUGUCUCGAGCGAUGUCCUUACCGUCACUUCGACAGGACUCAGCGGCGUCGAGACACCGACUGUGAUCACUGCAGUUUCGUCUGAGACUGUUGUAGUCAUUGUUUCGAACACCACGCUCUCUGGCAAUGCUUCCACUGCCACGUCCACUUCGAUCGCCACCUUCAACUCCACAGGCAGCAACGGCAUCAUUACUCCGACCGUUGUCACUGAAGUCAUCACGACUGCUGCAGGAACUGCGAAUUUCACCGUCACUCUAGCUACAGCCACAGCGAACAGCACUGGUCUUGAGGGCAUCAUUCCUCCUGAGGGAACUCUUGUGGUCACUGAGACUGCGAACCUUACUCUGCCGCUUCCCACGCCCACAGCACCGGUCAUCUCGUUGGGAGGCUCGGACAACUUCACCGCUUCGGCUGAAACAGCGUUCACAAGCGGCACCGGAGGUUCGGGUGUUAUCCCGCCGGCAUCUACCAACUCAACGACAGCGGCAUCUUCGACUGGUCCUCCAUUCAAUCCCGAUGAAGGAGAUCGAACUGGCAGCUACACACGCACAGCCAGCUCGACAAGUGCCAGCGGCUUCAUUACGCCCUCGUCGAACGUGACUGUUCCCGUCGAGACACCUAGCGCAAACACCACUCUGGUGCUUACCGUGCCGCUCUCCACCGGAGUCACGGUAACGGUCGAGAUCCCAUCGUUGAACUCCAGCCUGCCCAUAACGUCCGCACCCAGCUCCACGGCUGCGCCCACAUUCAACACCAGUUCUUCCAUCCCGUCCAGCGAGGCAGACCGCUCGGGCAGCUUCUCACGCUCUAUUCCAGUGAACACUACAUUCACGCUUACACUUCCUCUGAGCACCGGAUCUAUCACCGUUGAGAUCCCCGUGGUAAACUCGACCAUUCCAGUACCCGAGAUCACCCCGUCGCCCCCAUCCGAGUCUCAGUCUGAGUCUACUCUAGUUGUCACUGCGACGACCAACAUCACGCUUUCUGUCCCUACCGGAAGCGUUACACUUGUCACGCUGAUCCCUCCGACGACGCGACCCUUUGACAACACGACAGCGCCAUUGCCCACACCCACCGGCAACAUCACCAUUGAGUCGCUGGUGUCGAUCAACUACUCCACUGUGCCAUCCUUCUCCACAGGCAACCUCUCCACCAUUCUCCCGCCUUCGACACCAACUACGAACAUCACCAUCGUGGUCGAGACUCCUAGCGUGCCAUCGAAUUCGACGACUGUGCCACCUUCUGUGACCCUCCCUCCGGUGUCUCUGAACUCGACCGUGCCAGUGCAGACCCAGAACUCCACCGUUCCAUACAACCCCAGUGAAGGAGACCGCACUGGAUCGUUUAGUCGCUCCAUGUCGAUCUCCACAGGCGUGUCAAGCUCCUCGAAUGCGACAACGACUCCACCACCGUUCCCUACUGGCAACUCGACGGUCCCUGUAGGACCAACAGCGCCAGUCACCAGCACAACCGAGGCAUGCCCUAGUCCGACCGAGUUCUCCUUCAUCACAAGGGAGGUGAUCAUCACCACAUACACCAUCGAGACUGUUCCAGUCGUCGCAGCUACCUGCAUCUCCUCUGACGCGUUCCCAACAGCUGUCAACGGAAGCUUCCCCACCGGCGGCAACGCAACACUCCCUACAGAUGCCGUCGCACUCCCCUCUGUGGUAGAGAGCCUCGCCUCGGCGAUUGAGAGCCUGACUGCGACCGAAGCUGCACCUACCUCGUCCGAUCUGCCUCCCGUCGUCUCUGAGGUCACAGCGUCAGCCACUUCGGACGUGGAUAGUGGAGCUACAGCCGCGCCACUCUCCCGUUUCCGCCGCACCGGUACGCUCGCAACGGAGGAACAAAUCGCAGCCGCCUGCGCCGACAAGUCCAACCUCGUUCUUUCACCGGCGCUCAACAUCCAGCCCGACAAUUCCACGGAGGGCUGGUUUGUCGGCCCUAGCGAGAACACCAUCACCGUCACUUCCGUCACCACGGACAACGGCACCAUCGCACAGUUCCGCUCUGCUUUCCCCGGCCGUACCAUCUCGCUCAUUCAGCCCCUGACGCUCUGCCCAGGCACGCAGUACGAGCUUAGUGCUCUGACAAGGCAGGCGAGCAGUUCCAGCCGAUGCACCGCUCAGUUCAGGGUUGGCAACGAUGUUGUCUUCACAGCCACGCCACAGACGUCCUGGAUCAGCGAGACGGAGCGCUUUACUGCGGGUGCCGGACCCGAAGGCGCGAGCGUCGACCUGCAGAUUGUAGGAAGCUGCGCAGGCUUCUUUGGAGCGCCCGUCGGCGCUGAUGCGGAUGGUUACAUGGUCCUUGAGGUCGGACCUGUCAGCGUGGUUGCUGAUGCCGCAAAGAAGUAA